UCGCCCGCCGGACGACCCGGCAACGAGUCCCGGGCCAGGGCCGUGCUGAAGCCGGCCACCCUGGCGACGCUCUGCCGCGCGGGCAGGCUCCAUGGCGGCGCGGCCUCUGGCCCGGAUGCUGCGGUGGCUCUGGAGGUCCAGCGCCCGGAGCUGCAGCUCGGGGGCUCCGGUGACGCAACCCCGCCCCGGGGAGCCCUCGCAACCUGCCGCGGAGGAGCUGUCCAGGCGGAGACAAGAACGGAGGCAGUUCCUACGGGAGCACGCGGCCCCCUUCUCCGCCUUCCUCACAGACAGCUUUGGCCGCCAGCACAGCUACCUGCGGAUUUCCCUCACCGAGAAGUGCAACCUCAGAUGCCAGUACUGCAUGCCCGAGGAUGGUGUCCCUCUGACCCCCAAGGCUGACCUGCUGACUACUGAGGAGAUCUUGACCCUUGCCCGGCUCUUUGUGAAAGAAGGUGUCAGCAAGAUCCGGCUCACGGGCGGAGAGCCGCUCAUCCGGCCGGACGUGGUGGACAUCGUGGCCCAGCUGCACCGGCUGGGAGGGCUGAGGACCAUCGGUGUCACCACCAAUGGCAUCAACCUAGCCCGGCUACUGCCCCAGCUUCAGAAAGCUGGCCUGAGUGCCAUCAACAUCAGCCUGGACACCCUGGUGCCUGCCAAGUUUGAGUUCAUCGUCCGCAGGAAAGGCUUCCACAAGGUCAUGGAGGGCAUCCACAAGGCCAUCGAGCUGGGCUACAGCCCUGUGAAGGUGAACUGUGUGGUGAUGCGAGGCCUGAACGAGGACGAACUCCUGGACUUUGUGGCCUUGACUGAGGGGCUGCCCCUGGACGUGCGCUUCAUAGAGUACAUGCCCUUUGAUGGCAACAAGUGGAACUUCAGGAAGAUGGUCAGCUACAAGGAGAUGCUGGACACAAUCCAGCAGCAGUGGCCGGAGCUAGAGAAGCUGCCAGAGGAGGAAUCCAGUACAGCCAAGGCCUUUAAAAUCCCUGGCUUCCAAGGCCAGAUCAGCUUCAUCACAUCCAUGUCUGAGCAUUUCUGUGGGACCUGCAACCGGCUGCGAAUCACAGCCGAUGGGAACCUCAAGGUCUGUCUCUUUGGGAACUCAGAGGUGUCUCUACGGGAUCACCUGCGGGCGGGGGCCUCCGAGGAGGAGCUGCUGAGAAUCAUUGGGGCGGCCGUGGGCAGGAAGAAGCGGCAGCAUGCAGGUAUGUUCAGUAUUUCCCAGAUGAAGAACCGGCCCAUGAUCCUCAUCGAGUUAUUUUUGAUGCUCCAAGAUUCCCCACCAGCCAAUUCAAGCCUUGCCCCCUGGGACCCCCUUGAUGUUCAGGGUCUGAGACCCAGAGUGAGUUUCUCCAGCUGGAUGAUGACUUUGUGGAAAGGAUGCAGAGUCUCCCAAACCCCUCCCCUAGCCCAGCAGUGGCUGGGGUCGGGGUCACCUCAGAGACACUACAGUUCCCACAUGGAUUCCGAAACCAACUCAAAGUGCCUUAGCCCAGGGUCUCAGGCUCCUGCUGCCCCAUCAGGAUCCCUGCCAACCUCACACCAACUAACCCAUUUGGACUCAGAAGGACGAGCAGCUAUGGUAGAUGUGGGCAAGAAACCAGACACAGAGCGGAUGGCCGUGGCCUCAGCCCUGGUCCUCCUGGGGCCUGUGGCCUUUAAGCUCAUCCAGCAGAACCAGCUAAAGAAGGGAGAUGCGCUGGUGGUGGCCCAGCUGGCUGGAGUCCAGGCAGCCAAGCUGACCAGCCAGCUGAUUCCUCUGUGCCACCACGUGACCCUGAGCCAUAUCCAGGUGCAGCUGGAGCUGGACAGCACGCGCCAUGCCGUGGUGAUCCAGGCAUCCUGCCGGGCUCGGGGCCCCACCGGGGUGGAGAUGGAGGCCCUGACCUCAGCUGCUGUGGCUGCCCUCACCCUGUACGACAUGUGCAAGGCUGUCAGCCGGGACAUCGUGUUGGGGGACAUCAAGCUCAUUAGCAAGACAGGGGGCCAGCGGGGAGACUUCCGUCGGGCUUAGAGCUCCUGGCCCCUCUCACUCGUGGGCCCCCAGGUCUAGGGAUGGGAUGUAGUUUCGACUGAGGGAAAGAUGUCACAUUUCUUUAAUUGCGGUCAAUGUUUACCUUCACCACUAGGAACUGGAGGUUAGCCUACCCUACUAGAGAUCUCUAAUGACCUGUGGGGCUUUGUUUAUAUACAGAGGACACUGGCAGGCCCUUAAGCCUUCCAGGACACUGUCAGGGGGGGUUGCAACAAGCAAUGCUGGAUAACUGAAAACUCACUUCAUGUUACAUGUGGACUAUUUCAGACCACCAGUUUCAGACAGUCCAGCCCAUAACUUCUUCUUCUCAUUUUGGGUUUUCUCUUCUCCUACUUCCCCAGGGAAAGAAUAAGGGCUCAUUAAGCAGAGGAACCCACUCUGAGGAGGGAAAAGCAUAGGCUUGUGUAAAGAAUGUAUCACUACUUCUUUCUAGCAGAUUUGCUUUCACAAGUUUGUGAAGCUGCAGCCCCGCCCUGUCCUUGCUUCUCUGCCAUCCCUCCUUUGCAAGAGCCAGCUAUCCCUCCGCCUGAGCCUGUGUCCCAUCGAACAUGCAGGCUUUUGGCUUCAGUCACUGUCCUGCCAACUUCUUUUUCUCGACCCCCUCCUCUUAAGCAGGACACACACAUGGGCUGUGGCCCUCAGCCCUCAGGACUCCUGAAUGACCACACGUCCCACAUCCGGCACUGCUGAUUGUUGUUCCACCCCCACCUCUUUAUUCUGGAACAUAUCAGGGGAAGAAUAUUGCUGAAGAUUGCCUUCACCCUCACAGUGCACAAAUAAAGCCACAAUGCCAACUUUGGAGAUGCAAGAA